GUCUCAGCAGCCAGCCGCUGCUGGUCCUUCUCCGGUUGGUCUUGCGGGCCGCCGCGGCCCCGGGGGCUUCCCCGUCGUUUCGAGUCGGGCUGAUACAAAGUUGCGCCAAAGUUGGCCUGCCGGUGGUGUCCCGCCCAUUAGAGCCAGGCCUCUGCAAACCAUAGCCAGAAAUAGUGAGGCCGUCCCGGCUCCCCCCUUGCCACCAACACGCCGGGCUGUCACCGUGCCCCUUGCCAGCUUACUCAGGGCCGGUCGUGUGUCACCGCGUCCCUGGCCUGCCUGGUGCUCCUCGCAUGCUUAAUGUCACCGUUUCACUAGCCCUGGGGUGUUACCGUACUCCUGACCCGUUUAGUGCUACUGCCCUGCCAUGUGUCACCAUGUCCCUUGCCAUCCCUCCUCCUCCCCACGGUACUCAUGACCAGCUGUGCUGUUAUGCCCCUUGGUUUAGCAGGUGAUCCUGGCCUGCCGGAUGCCGAUGUUAGCUCGGCUUCGACUGCUGGGUGGCACUGUGUUUUUGCCCCUUACUUGCUGGUAACUGUUCACUGGCAUUCCUCAGCCUUGACAGGGUUUACGCUGUGUUACACCAAAGUUGGUGCGGCAACUAUUCCCAGCCAGGCAGAGCUAAUACAGAACCGAACUAGUGGAGUGUGGCUAUCUUGGUAUACCAACUUCUAGCAUGCAAUUUGCCUGGUGUUCUGUGAACCAUGGUAAUGGAAUGUGAGAUGCAUGUUCUCAGUGUAUUGAUUUAUGUGCUGCUUGGGCCAUGAUUCUUGACGAUACACCCUUGUUUGACCCCACCUUGUUGAGUGAGCUGGACUGGAAUCAAAAUAUGGUGAAAUUCUCGCCUGAGAUUUCCCCAGUGAGCCCAGGGGAUGGACUCAUUCUGAGGCCUCUCUGUACUGCAGACUUCAACAGAGGCUUUUUCAAGGUACUUGCACAGUUAACGAAAGUAGGUGAUGUUGAAGCUGAACAAUUCAUAAAAAAGUUUGAACACAUGAAGCAAACUGGAGAUUACUAUAAUAUUGUUGUUGAAGACACUCAUGUCGGACAGGUCAUUGCUACAGCAACAUUAAUAAUUGAACAUAAAUUUAUACAUACCUGUGCAAAGCGAGGGAGAAUAGAAGAAGUUGUUGUUAGUGAUGAACACAGAGGAAAGCAGCUGGGAAAAUUGUUAGUUGCAGCCCUUACACUUCUCAGCAAGAAACUCAACUGCUACAAAAUUACUUUAGAAUGUCUACCAAAGAACAAAGCCUUCUAUCAAAAAUUCGGUUUUAAAGUUACAGAAGAGCUUUACAUGCAAUGCAGAUUUUUUGACUGAUAUUUGCUGAAUGAGAUUUGUAUUUCUAGGAGGAUUUUUUUUUUGGGGGGGGAAUCUAAUUAUAAAGUUUAUUUAGUACUGGCAAGAUGUGUAGUAUAUUCCAAUACAAUUAGCAAUGUUUACCUGUUUCAUGGUACCAAGAAUGUAGCUGAAAUUUAAUGAUGUCUUUUUCUUAAACUAAGCAGUCUUGUAGGUGAUGGGGGGGGGGGGGGGGAACUGCAGCAUGGUAAACUUUAGCUCAAAGGAAUAUGAAAAGCACUAGUUUUGUGAAAAAAAAACUGUUUCUUAGAAGUAGCAAUGGAAAUAAUUGUACCAAAGGACUUUUUUGUUCAAAACAGGGCACUUCUAUGCAUCUAUUUUUGUUCUUUAAGCGACUUAACUUAUAAUUGUACCUGUUAUACUGCUCUGGGGUCCAAGUUUAAAUGAAAAUGCAGCUAUAUAUCUCUUGGAAUCAAUUCUACUUUAAGUUAAUGUGAAAAUUGCAGAAAACUUUGAGCGCAAUUCUGUUCAGUCCCAGGGUGUCAAAGAAUCUUGUGACACUGCAUGGAUCUUGUGGGCACUUUACAAUUUGAAGUGGAGAUUUUAAGUGCUUUGUGUAGGUGUUUUCAAUUUUUUUUUAUAUAUUGAUGAGAUUUUCAUUAGCAUGUGAAGCCAUGCCUUUAUGGAGCUCCGUAUACUGACCUGACAAAGUGACUUGUCUACUUUGCUGCUGAUCCGAUCAUAACAAGGUGCAGGGUAACUAAAUCUAGGUAUUAAAAUUGUACAUCAAUGUAAUUUAUGAAUCAGGUCAGAUUUUAAUUCAUCUUGUAAUUAAAAUUAAUCCAAAGCACACAUUUUAUAUUGUUUACGGAAGAAUAUUGUAUCUUGUUUGUUUGCAUAUGUAAAUGCUAUAUUUGUAUGAACUUCAUGAGUAUCACCUCAUGGAGCAGGUGAUAAUUAAUUUUACCCAUGUUUUCUCAAUGUAAUCUCAAAUUUUAUCUACAAAAUUAGGUACAACAGCUAAUUCCUCCCUAAUUUUUAUGGAAUUAGCAUUAUAGUUCUAUGCAUAUUUGGAACUGCUUGAUGACUUUUUUUAAUCCAUGUUUAAAACAAAAUAUUUUUAGUUGCAAUGGAGCCAAUGACUUAAAUUUGAUAUCCCUACUGAAUUUGAGAUUACAUGAGGAAAAUGUAUUUGCCCUAAAGUUUGUUAUUGAAAUCUGUACAAAGUUUUGUAAAUUAAAGCUGUUAAUUUUUUCCUGUGUUUUAUAAAUUCAGCAUGAAAUGGAAAUGCUUAAUUUAAUCCCCAUAAUGUACAGUUACAGAUAAAAUAUGCAAUAUCUUUGAAAUACUGAAAUAACAAUUGGACUUUUAAAGUGCAUAAAUGUAUGUAGUUUAUAGCUUGUCAAAGCACUAUAUUUCCAAUAGGAAAAUAAGAUUUAAGAGUAAAAAUUGUUACAGUGAAAAUAAAGUUUAAUUUUGAGUUUUUUGGCUGAAUAGUUAAGCUCUGCUUUUGUACUACUGUGUCUGUUAAGUUAUAGAAACCUGGUACUUUUUAAUGUGGGCAUGUUUAUGUACUAAUGGUUGGUGAAAAAUGCUAUAAAAUUCUAUGUAUGCUGAAUUUCUUUACUAUUUAACAGGACCAAGGCAGCAUAUUUCAGCCUUAUUUUGUUCAAUGAUCCUUUAAUGGAGCAAAACAAAAUCUUGUAAUUUUGAACAAGAGAAACUCUACAGAUGCUGGGAAUUCCACCAGCAUUUUGUAUGUGUUUCUUAUUUUUUUUUAAAGUAUCUAUUACAUGAAACAAACAAAAUGUGUGCUUUUUGGAAUUUAUGGCUGCUCUUUAGGACAGUUUUAAUCUAGAGAUGGUUAUUUUAUUUAAUUUUUUUCAAUAACUUUAGUAUUGGGUAAAUUUUUAUUGUAUUUAUUUAAUUGUAUCAUUGUGCAAAGGGCAAAUAAAAUAUCUAAC